UUUGUGCGUCACGAGCGUUUGGGCCCGUGCGCGUGCGACGUGCAGUGAACGCGCACGUCAGCGUCUGUCUGAGUGGUUUGAUUCGGGUAGUGUCAGUCGCUUUUUAGCGGAUAAAAGACACGUUGAGAGCGUUUCGCUCGCUUUGAAGUGCGCGUGCGGAGCGGCUUCGCGGCGCUUUUCAAAGUUUCCGUCACAUUCGAGUGUGUGUGUGUGUGUGUGGUUUUGUGACAGAGAAAGAAGAUGGUGAUGGAGAAACCAAGUCCUCUGCUCGUAGGACGCGAGUUUGUGAGGCAGUACUACACACUUCUCAACAAAGCACCUGAUUAUCUGCACCGGUUCUACGGGAGGAACUCCUCAUAUGUUCAUGGAGGUGUGGACGGCAGUGGACAGCCAGAGGAGGCGGUGUAUGGUCAGGCGGAAAUCCAUACCAAGGUGAUGUCACUGCAGUUCAGUGAGUGUCACACUAAGAUCCGUCAUGUAGACGCUCAUGCGACCCUCGGCGACGGGGUCGUUGUCCAGGUGAUGGGCGAGUUGUCUAACGGCGGACGGGCCAUGAGGAGGUUCAUGCAGACGUUUGUUCUCGCUCCUGAGGGAUCUGCUGUCAACAAGUUCUAUGUGCAUAAUGACAUCUUUCGCUAUGAGGAGGAAGUGUUUGGAGACUCGGAGGUUGAACUAGCAGAGUCUGAGGAAGAGGACGUGGAGGAAAAACAAACAGAGACUCGCGUCUCACCUGAGCCCGCCCAGGACCGGCCCGCCAGCACCACCUGCUAUGAGCCUCCACCCGUCAGCAACGGAGUGGAGGAGCAGCAGGAGGAGAUGGGUCUGGAAGCGCAGCCAGAAUCACAGCCUGAGCCACAGGCCAGUCAGGAGGCAGAGGUGGAACUUAGCCCAGAUGGAGAGCAGCAGGUGGCAGAGGCGGAGCCUGAAGAGGAAGAGAAACUUACAGAGGAGGAGAAACACUCCACCCCCGACCCCGUCCUGACUCCGCCCCCUCAGCAGACUCCAGAACCACCGAAGGCGUUCUCGUGGGCUUCGGUCACCAGUAAGAAUCUUCCUCCAGCCGGAGCUUCUGUCGUGUCUUCACACCUGCUGAAAACUGCCAGCGUUCAGCCACGGGUGGAGCUGAAAUUGGACGCUCAGUCUGCUUUACCCCGAGAUCAUAGGAGGGAGAGGUCAGGUUUUCCCCCAAGAGGAGCUCGAGCAGAUGGCGGCGGCUCAGAGUCUCAGGCCGGGAAACAGCACAUGAGUUUUAGGGGCCGCGGUGACCCUGAGGCCGGUGAUGCAGAUGGUCGCAGGUCUGUGCGUUAUCCAGACAGUCACCAGCUCUUCGUUGGAAAUCUUCCUCAUGACAUAGAUGAGGGUGAACUGAAGGACUUCUUCAUGACGUUUGGGAAUGUGGUGGAGAUGAGAAUCAACACAAAGGGUGUCGGAGGCAAACUGCCCAACUUUGGUUUUGUGGUGUUUGAUGACUGUGAGCCUGUGCCGCGGAUCCUGGGAGCUAAGCCUAUCAUGUUUCGUGGAGAAGUGCGGCUCAACGUGGAGGAGAAGAAGACUAGAGCCACCCGAGAGCGAGACACAAGAGGAGCAGCCGACGGUCGCCGGGGACUCAGCGGGCCCCGAGGAUCUAUGGGAAAUGGAAUGGGGCGAGACAGAGAUGGGCGUGGCCCCCUCUCGUCGAGAGGCGGGAUGGGGGCUGGGAGAGGUGGCGGUCCGAGCGGAGAGAGCCGGUUUGCGGGGCCGCGACGCUGAGGCUGGUUGAAGUUCUCACCCUUAUUCGGAAGAAAAGAUUUUUCUCUUUCUCUCUCUCUCCAUCUUUGGCUUUCGGACUGUGAAUGAGCAUCAGAAGGAACAUCAGCUCUUCUCUUCAUUCACAUCUUUCUGUUGUUGUUUGCGGAGAGGACAAAUGCAGCGUUUUUUCCUACAGAACAAAAGUUGAAUGUCUGGACAGGGUUUCCUCAUGAACUGAUUUCUCACACAUUUUUGUAAAGCACGUACAUCAGACGCUUCAUGUGUACACUUAUUUAUUUUCCUAGUAAAUAAAAACAGUGGUGGUGCCUUAACUUGA